AUGGUCGGCCCUGUGACUUACGAUGGCUUUGUUGACUAUAUGCGAUCGGUCGGCAAGGCAAAACACAAAAGGGUCGAUCGAGUUCUUUUCCAUGAUCCUCCACCCGACUACUGGACUGGUGCUCGACUAUAUCGACUUCAGGAAACGGUUCGGUACGUCAUCCUCGGACCAUGGGACUGGCGCGCAAUAGAACGAAUCUUGAUGAUCCAUAUUUUUACCGAUGACUGGCUGGACUCACUAAAUUGGGACGAGCAUCCUCUUCCCUCUAUCCUGGAGGAUGUUUGGGAUUACCAAUGGCACGACGAUCCCGAAGAUGGCCUUGGCUGGACUAGAUCGCUCCAGAGCUAUAUGGCUCGACACGGUCAUCCGGUUGACCAAUGGGAUGUCCCGAUCCGCGAAGGCGAUCCGAUCUCCAUGGUUCAAAUAGACGCCGCGGCGCGGUCAUUCGUUCACCAAUGGAUCGCUGGGUCUCGCCUCUUCACCGAGGAUCAAGAUACGACCGGUUCCUUUACUCCAAGUCGAGCCAUGUCUCCCGUCUCCUCCAGAUCGAAUAGUCCUGAGCCUUCAGAGAUGGACUUCAAAUCUCUGACCAAGCUGGGAAUCGAAGAAGCGGCUCUUCUUCCUCCAAAUGGAGUCGAUCCCGACUCCAAUCCCGAGUUCUUAGGUGACGGAACUUUGUAUAAGGCCGAACUUCGCUGCGCAAAAUGCCUUAAGAGCCGAGGAAAAACCACAAUCCCGUGCUUCGUCCAGGAUGGACUGACUGCAUGUGCCGAAUGCAACCGCAAAAGAGUCGGUUGCAGCUUCGUUAAGGACCACCCGACUGCUAGUCGAUCGAGGACUAGAAAGAAUCUACCCAGAAGAAUCUCUCCUGAGAUCGGCUUGCCCGGGGACGAAGAGUUCGAGGAAUGGAGUGGGCUGGAAGAGGAACGAUCCGUCCAAGUCGAUCGAUCUUCCUCCGAGGAGAUUGAUGAAGACGUCAGAAUGACUGACGAAAAAUCGGACGAGAUCGAGGACAGUGAAGACAGCGAAGGGGAAGACGAAGAAGAAAAGGAGGAGGAGGAUGAAGAGGUCGAGGAGGAGGAGGACGAGGACGUCGAUAAGGAACCCCCUCGCAAGCGGCUCAGGACUUCUCCUGAGGUUGAGCUGCCCAGCCCUCUGAUCGGUCCUUCUCCUUUGACGGGCUUGUCCCACCUCGGUCCUCCCUCGACUGAAGCGUCAAGCUUCCCUUCGCCUCUCUCUUCGGCUCUUCGACCGGUCGAAGCUGGACCCGGGCCUUCCUCUGCAACCACUCACAUGCAACGGGUGAUUGAGUCUCAAGGCCGCACUCUGAACGAUCAAGCCGGUUUAAUCACCGCUCUUCAAUUGGAGCUUGAUCAACAGCGAUCAGCGUAUACGGCGCUCCAGGCUCAAGUAACGUCCUUGGAAGCGCAGAAUCAAUCGCUCCAGUAUCAACUCGGUCGUACUCAGGCUUCGAGUUCUUCGACCGGCAAGGGAGUUAGCGGUAAGGGGAAAGAUCGUGCCUUCUGA